AUGGCAGGAAACCAGGGCGGGAUCAUGGGUGGGGCUGCCUUGCUUGGCACGCGUCUUCCAUGCGAGCUCCACAAAAAAAGCGGCGCGCUCAAAGAAAAAUGGCAGGCGAACCCUCAGAGGAGGCCAUUGCCAACUUCGUCAGCUUCACAAGCACGUCGCGAGAGCAGGCCAUCAGCUUUCUCAAGGUCAGUUUCUCCUUAUUCCCCGAUGCAACUUCUGGCUUUCACUAAUGCAUUCGCUGCCCAGGCAAAUGACCUCAAUUCACAGAAAGCCAUCAAUGCCUACUUUGAGAACCCCACCUGUGUCCAGCCCCAGACUCAGAAUGACUGGGAAGCAUUCAACAAUGCGGCUGCAUACCCUUAUGGGAACCAAUCCGUGCCCAGUAAGUUCAUCACGCAGUUGUACGUGGGAGGCCUCAUUCAGGUUGCUGACUCCAUUUCUUUCUUAGCUUUCAAUAUCGAAAAUACCGAUCCUGUCCUGAAUACUGGCUAUUCAGCCCCUCCGUCGCGUCCCCCGUCGAGGAUGAACACAGGCGAUUCCCCGAGUGCGCCGAAAUAUGAAGGCAUGGAUCUAUCCGGGCCGGCUGCUUCGGGAAAUGCGGAGCAGAAUCUGACUCCAGCUCAGCGCGAGGAACGUGAUCUUCAACAAGCAGUAGCGAUGUCGUUGGGUCAGGACUUUGGCCCUCAGGAGAGUGGUGUUACCACGACAAACACCCCUCACUUCGGCCGCGCCACUCGAGAUCAUUACGAUGAGAACGCAUGGGCGAUGACACUGUUCAAUCCCAGCGCGCGGGAGGUGAUCAUUAGCCCGGAUCCGGAAGACCGCCGGCGAAUCAACAACGAACCUGCGUUUCUUCGUCCAUCCCAAGAGUUCCAAUAUCUAGCAGGCUUUCUGACGAUCAUCCAUUCGAUUCCUCUUGCUCGAGAGGCUCUUUUACUAAGAAGAAGGGUUCUUUCCGACUACGGUUAUGAUCCGCAAUGGUGGAAUGGCCAGCAGAUCAAAGCGCCUAAGGUCGUGUCGAUGGAGGAGUCCUAUGCUGAAGAUAGCGACUGGGACGAUAUACUCGAUGAAGCGCAACGAUUGAUGGCCUUUCUGGAUUCCACGGAACGUGCGUUUGGAAGCACGGACGCGCUCGCGAGUAUAAAGUCGAUGUCCGGUUACGACUCUGAUGGCGGAGUCUCGAACUUCCUUGAGGCCUGGCAAGAGGCCGCAGUUAGAGCGGCUCCUGACGAUCGAUUAUCGACGAUCUUUUCCUCACAUGCUCUGAAACGGCCACUUUCCGAGGUGGACACGCCGAUAGAAAAGGAAUUCUUUAUACUCGAUCCUAACGUAGAAUCGGAACAUGGCCAAACACUCUACGAUGUUCUCGACCGUGCUGUAUGGGCCGACAGGCCUGGUGAAGAGCUCGAUGAUGUGUGGCUGGAGCAUGUUGCGGAGAUUCUCACCAUCAGACUGGAGAGUUCGGAUCCGUCAGCAAAAUCAAUCGGUGUCAAGAUCCCUGCUGUUUUCUAUCCUGAUCGAUAUCUAGAUGCCUGUCGAGAGAUCUCUCGCGAAUUCCGCAUGCGAAGGCUGGAUGUGUAUAGAGAGAUAGACAAGCUGGAGAACAUCAUGACCCGAUUCUCAGUCUCGAAGGCCGUUGCCAAAAAGGGACUCACUUCCAAAGAAGUCCUGGAGAAGGCAGCAGCGGCAGCACGUCUUGCACUGCCAAAAUAUCUUGCUGACGGGGUGGGUGAUGCCUCCCUGAGUCCAGAGGUUGCGAAUGCGGAAGGACAGCGAUUGGCUCACGAGCUCCGUGCCAUUUCAAACAAGAUUGACGAAAGACUGAAAGAACUCGAGGAUCAGAGACAGAAGGCCCUCGAAACACUGCGGAGUUAUUCGAAAACUCUAACAGAACCAUCAGCCUCCGCCGAUGAACCUCCUAAACAUAGAUAUACUUUGCGUGGCGUGUGUACUGCACCUCAUGUGACUUAUGUGUUGAGGCGCAGUGCUUCCAACAAGCCUGAAGACGCGAUGGAGGAAGGAAAUGGACGAGCUGAUGACUGGCAAUGGUGGCGGAUCAGCUUCUCAACUGAUGACGAAAAAACAAAAGAGGCAUCGAGGACAAGAAGUAGGAGAUUCGACAUACCGCCAAAUGCAGAUGUAGCCGGUUACACUGCCCGCAAAGUGCGAGAGAUUGAGGUGCUCCGAGCUGCCCGCGAAGAAUCGAACAACAUCUUGCUUGUUUAUGCCAACAGCAAUGCGGUGAAUUUCAAGGAGGAUGUUUUACCCCCUGCACUUCAGGAAUUUGUUAAUGCGGACAACCGGGCUUUCCAAGCUGAACUCGAGGAGGCUGAGCGCAUGCCUCAAGCCGAGAAUUUGGACAGCUCUUUAAAAACGGGCGAAACCUUCCAUGACGCUAAACCGGCAUUGAAUACUAGCAAUCCAUCAUAUCUAGGAGAGCAACAGGCAACAACUGGGGAUCGGGGGCCUCUUCCUUCUUAUGAGAAAGUGAAUGUCUUUGACUAUGAAGUCAGUUCUUUUGAAGAAGAGUCCUCCAAUCUUUCUUGGACUAACCAGCCAAACACGAAGGCCUCCCCUUGCAUUGGAUCAGACGAAAUCCUUCACACCAUACCUACAAUGUCUCUUGAAAGUGAUGCGAUAGCUGCAGCAACAAUUGAGCUCCUGGAGACGCGCCUGCGGAGGCUUGAAUACCUUCUCACCGGAGACACGAAAUGGACAGGGCAACCUACAACGGUUCCGAAACCCGAUACCUUCGAAGAUACUGUUGCACGCCGCCUCGCACGCUUGGAAAGUGACCUUGAGGCUUUGAGCAAGAGCAAACCGGUCGUCCGGGAGGUGCUUCAGCUUUACUCCAAAUUUCCCGAACUCUUCCAAUCCACGCCUCCACAAACCAUCCCGGCAGGGCUGAGCACUCAGAAUCUCGCGUCGAUUGUUCUGUCAUAUGCAUCUGCUUUCCCCGAAACGGCCUCUCGGCUGACGUCUCUGAAUGACCUGCCUAUACCGGAAGCUAAGGCUUCUACAGCUCUCAUCGAGCUCAAACCACGUCUCGAGAAGAUGGCGCGAAUACAGGAACAGCAGGUGAAGGAAGUCUCUGAAUUGCGGAUACGCAGCGCACGGCUUUUACAGCGAUGGUACGAACUGGGGCUGCUUGGGAGUGCCGAGUGCUGGGCCGAGUGGCAGUCUCGAUUGGAAGAGGUUGACCGUGAAGUCAAAAGGGCGGAAGUUGCGCGGGAGAGAAGGGCGAGAGAGAUUUGA